CCUACCUGAUGAUGAAAGGUGGCACCUUGGCUGUUGUUGGAGAUGGCUGUGACGCUGGGAGCUAUGGCGCUCGCGGUGGCUGUCAGUGUCUGCAUCAGUGGUUCACUGAAGCUGUUGGGGUCGAGUUGCCCCUCGUGCAAGGUACCGGUAUGGCGCAGGCAGAUUGUACAAAACAGGAUGAUUGCAAGCAUUGUUGAGGCAUAUACUCUGCUCUCCCAGGCGGUCUCGAAGCCCUGCUCCCCCACUGAUAAAUCACCAGGCGAUGACAUCAAGAUUGGAGAUGGAAGUGCAGCUGCAGCAUCGACGGGCAUUCGAGAAGGACGUGAACCACUUGUGCUGGUGACGUAUAAAAGGCGCAAAUGGAAGAGAGGGACCAGAGAAGCGACCAGUGAGCAAUCACGCAGAGGGAUUGGGAUGAGUGCUGAUGUCAGCACCCCAGCAAAGCGUCCCAGAGGAGAGGUUUCAAUGCCUAGCUCUGCAAAAGGCUCACCCCAUUUGAUUCCAGAGUAUCAGCUGUUCCGACAGCUUUCUGAUGAUGAGCUGGCGAUGUUUCAGACAGCCGACGAAGCUUCUGACAAGGUGGAAGACAGCAACAGCAAGCAGUGUCUGGUCAGUGAGAUGACGGCGGAAGGUUGUAGGCCAGGGGAUGAUGUGAAGAGCUCCGGGGCCGUUUGCGCCAAUCAGAACCAGAGGAGAAAGAGGUAUCUUGCUGUUAAGGUUGUUUCAGCGGAACAUAUUCAGGAGGACAGGCAUGAGGUGUCAGGUCCACAGACAAGCCCACGCAAACGCGUCCGUCGCCGCUCUAGUGAUCCACCUGACAAACAAGCACAUCCCAGUACUGCUGUGGAGGCUGGCAAAGGCGACUCCAAGGAACUCGGCAUCACUGAAAUUGGUCAGGGUGAUGCUGUGGACUCUGGCGAAGGUGAUUCCAAGGGACUCAGCGGCACUGAAUUUGAUGAGCAUGAUGCUGUCGAGGCUGUGGAGGCUGGCGAAGGCGAUUCCAAGGGACUCCGCAGCAUUGAAUUUGAUGAGCAUGAUGCUGUCGAGGCUGUGGAGGCUGGCAAAGGCGACUCCAAGGGACUCGGCGACAGUGAAACUGAUGAUGGUGAUAUGCAUUUGAUGGGAAAGAAACCAGCUAUGGCGGUUCCUCUUGCAGAUGGUGGCCAGGAGGAAAUCAGCUUGCAGGGCUUGGACAGGAAGAAGGAAGAUGGGUGGUGCAAUGUCGCUGAAGAGCAGGGCCUCUCUUCUUCAGGAACCCAAGGAGCAUGUCAUGCAGUGGCUUUAUCUAAGCAUGCACAUAGGUCACAAGGCCAGUUGUGGAUGGCUCCUGACAAUGCUGACCGACGGGCUUCAGGCACUGAUGCAAAGCGCACGGGAGGGGACAUCAUUGGACCUUUACAACCAGAUAGAGAAAGUGGGCAUCGAUCCUGUGAGGAAGCACAAAGGGUAGGGGAGUCAGGUGACAGUGAGCUAGGGAGAAUGUCAAAUGAGAAAGAAAGAAUGGGGAAGUUGACGGAGAAUGUUGGGCAGCUUUCAUCUCUGAAAACGUGGAAGAUAAGUAAGUUGACCACGGCGGACUCGCUGGGUGACAGGUGCAGGGACAACAAUGAGAGCACCGGGAAAUCAGAUGAGAAGACACCAACGACCAACACAGCUGCCAAGCAGCAGGAUCUCUCAUGCGGACAAAAGGAGGAAAAUUCUGCUUUUCAUUAUAGCCACCAGAUGAUGGAUGGUGGCGAUGAUGGAGCCAAUUUGGACGCUCACACUUGUACAAAGGACGAACAAUUUGACGAGGAGCCUGCAGUAAAAGACAAGCCAAUCAGCGCUGAAGAAGAGCUAAGUCUAGGAGGAGCAGGUGAUUCUCAUCUACAUAUGAUACCAGAUAGCAAGGAUAUUAUUAGUGUGCCAAUGAUGCCGCCUAGCAUGACGUGCAUUUCAGCAUCUUCUCCUGAGAGACGCAUGGGAAAGGAUUCUGUUGCAGUGCAUGUGGGCGACAGGUUUUACACCAGUACCGAAAGAUGUACCAGAAUCGUUGGGACUUUGGGCAUUGGGACUUUGAACAAGGAUAUUGUUGUUAACAGACCUACUGCGGUCACAGAUGCUCGAGGAGAGAGAAAAGGCAGACAGCCAAUGAAGUGGACCGGGGUGACGACAAGGUCCAUGGAGAACAUCGAGGGUGGGUGGUCACAAGAGGGUUAUGGGAUAACGUCAGGGGCGGAGAGAGAAACCAUAGGCUCUUAUGCGAAGAAUAUAAAGGGUUCGUUGAGGGAUGGGGAAAGUGCUGGUCCAGGGCAACAGCAUCUCAGGAACGGCGCGAUUGCCCAUCGGGAUGACAACGACAACGGGUUGCUCGAUGACAUCAAUCAAAGCAUGGAAGGGGAUGUACCUGCCGACUGCCAUUUGCCAAAAGGCAACAAAAUGGCUGUCCUAACGAGUGCGACACCAAUCAAAGCAGAGAUAGUUGCUGCUGAAGAGAGGCCUGCUAUUGGCAAUGAUGUUAAUGCUUACACCCUCAAGGAUGCUAAGAUGUUGGAAAAGGAGAUAGUGAAGAGAGAGAGGCUUGUGGAAGAGCUUGACGCUGAGCUUGUCCGCCUUGGCAUCAAUCCGAAACUUGCUGACCAAUAUUUGCCCUGCCGAAGACCAGCAGCAUCUCUGAUGGAACUCAUGGCGGGCCUGAAACAACUGCUUGGCCCAGACAUUUGUUCCCAGGACCAGAGGCAAAUUUGUGGUAAGGUUGGUCGUGAUGGUGGCAAUGGGGCUCUGGUAAGAUUAGUUGCUGAGGUAGAGGAGAUGUCAGAAGGCGAUGCUGUUAAAGACUCUGCAAAAGACACCCAACUUGUUGCGCGCCAUUAUGCCUUCUCCACCCAACUUGUUGCGCGUCAUUAUGCCUUCUCCAACUGUCCCACCGAGAGUGUGAAUCUUGCAGCCAUGUCUUCCACCUAUAGUUGCCAGGCCGAAGGCGGUGGCCCUUUGAUGCUCAAAGCUGGACAUGGCAUUGCUUUUGUUGAUAAAACUCUGCGUUUAAAAGACGGGGAGGCUUCUGCUGAUGAUGCGACCGCCACGUUGUGUGCAGACACGGAAUGGGACAAUGGCAUCGCUCUGCAAAUAGAGAUGAAACCUGUGCGGGCUGAAGGAUGUCUGGAUGAGGGAGAAUUUGGAGAGGUAGUCGAAAACAGCACACAGGAAGAAGGUACGACUUCUGCACGGGGAAUAAAGAGUUUGACGUCAGGAGACAGAGAUACAAUAGGAGGUUCUGAAGAAGAUCUGCCACUGCCUGCUGUUCCGACAAGAGAGCAGAGGAGUGAGGGAAAGAAAUUGAAAGGAAAAGGCAAGAGAGUGACCUUCUCUGAUGUGGUGGAAUAUAUAGGUGCCACUGAGACUUUAGAGCAUUAUUGGAACGAUGGGAGAAGCCAAGAGGAGGGGAAGGUGAGAGCGAGAGGGAGGAAGAGAAAGAGUGCUAGUCACGUACAGCGACGGUGCGUCACGCCGAAGUCAAAGUCAAGUAGGCAGAAAACAAGUUCGCCUCCCAAACUGUUUUCCCCGAUGCGAGGCAGGAAGGGUUCUCUGAUGCUUGGUCUAAAUAAUAAUAAUGAUAAUAAGAAUAGGAAUAAAAUUGUGACUUCCCCGAUCAAGUUCCCCCAGCAGGAAGCAGCCAAUGUGGGAGUGGGGUCAUCUUAUGCAGAGGUCUUGAUGACGAAUACAAAUCAUGUGGGUGUCUGUUUUAAAUCAGGAGAAAGCAAACAACCAAUCCACCAAACAGUUGAAGGCGGAGAGACUAACCAGCACAUAUGUGAAGAGCGUAAUGCAGAAGACGAGGAAGAAGAAGAGGACUGUGGUGUUUCGGACGUUCCCGGGGCUGGAGGGGGUGUAAGGGUAUUGUGUCACACAGGAGGCUCAGGGACAGAAGAAGCAUCAGAGAACCCCUCGGGAUCUGAUGAGGUAAGCUCAGCCAGUGAAGAUCUUGUUGGAGGCUUAGAUGUGGGAGGAGCAGCAGCAUUGCCACCUAUUUGCGCUCUAAAUGUAGCGCAGAUGCCGGAGGGAAACAGCAGUCGAAAGCCAGCGCUUCUUCCAUCCCCUGUACAGUACAGAAGCCACUGGAAUGCCACUUCAAUGCCAACUGCAGCAGAUGCUGUUCGUCAUGGGCAUGGAAAUAGAGCUAAGGUGGAAGACGAAGAUGAACUGCAGUGGGAAUGGGAGGAAGACAUCGAUGAAGCAACUGACAAUGAGGAAAGUGCGGAUGAUGACGAUGAUGACGACUUCUACAUAAGGACCCGUGAUGGACAGCGGUAUGGAGAGCAAAAGGAUGUUCUUAAGGGGAAGCGAGUAGCAGAAGGACAGCAUGAUUCUCAUGGCCCCGUGACCAGACUUAAGAAAGGGCUAAGCGUACACCCAGGUCAGAAUGUGCAGUCGCAGGGGGAUUAUGCCCAGGGAAAAUUGUUUUCUCCUUCUCCUGUUGAGGAUAGGGUUAUGAAGAUACACCCAGGCCCGAAUGUUCCGUUACAGGGGAAUUGUUUGCAGGAUAGAUUGUCUUGUCCUUCUCCUGGUGAGGACAGGGUGAUCGAUGAUGGCGCCAGUGGGAUUGGCGAGCACAGAUGUCCGCUUUUAGCAAACACAAGGGAUUCUCCCAAGGACGAGAAGCACGUUGGAGGCGAUUCUGGUUCAGUCUCUGGGACCCAGCUUCAGGGGAAUGGGGGUACUCCUUCCAUAUGGCAAGCAUCCAGUCUCGCCUCUGGAGCUUCACAUGCUCUCGGGCGGCCGCAGUUGUCAGGUGUGGAAAGGUCCUUGUGUGCUGGUGAUAGUGGACGAGGCCUGGCCACCCUAGAUAGUAACGGUAAUGAAGGUUCCGCUGUCCCAUCUCCAAGGAUGUUACGGGACGUGCAAUUGGGUGGAUCUGAGAGGUCCUGCAAACUGACUGGUGUGCCAGCUCGUCCUGAUGGAACCUGUACUGAUGAGGCCACUGCAGAUCAGACAGAACCGUGUAGACCUGUUGUCGACGACAAGGACCAAGUCAGUGCCGUGAGGACACGAGAAGCAGAGCAGGUCCCAGCUACACAGUCGGAUUCAGAGGAGGGUAUUCUUGUGCCCGAGACUCAGGAUUGCAUGCAUGAAUGGAGGCUGCCUGAGAGGUAUUCUGAACCUACACGGUCUUUCGGUCGUAAGGUUGCUGAAUCACGAAGGAGCAGGAAUCUGUUUCAGGCUAUGACUUGGGGAGCGAGAGCAAAGCGUUCCCUUCAAAGGCCUGUCAAUACUCAAUCAAUGACACUGGAGAGUGGUGAUCCAGAAAAGAGUGAUGGUAAGCUGAUGGCACUGCCAGCGCCUGCAAACCCACCACUCCCAGCGCCUGCGAGCUCAGCACUGCCAGCGCCUGCGAGCCUGUCACUGCCAUCAUCAUCCAAUGCAGGACACAAUCAUGAAAGUAGUCCAAAGCAGAUGCCAUCGCUGGGAAGCAAUUUGGCUGAAAAACGUCUGCAAGAAAUCUCACCUCUGCUUCCAUCACUGCUGCCACCAUCCCCACUGCCACAGAGCACCAUGCAAAAAGCUCCAAAGCAGAUGUGCCAGAGUACCGUGCAAAAGACUCCGAAGCGCAUGUGCCUGCUCGGAAGCAAUUUAGGUGAAGAAGGACUCCAAGAACUAGAGAUUUUCUGUUCCAGAGUGGGUGCAAGCAUGCAGAAGAAAUUCUCCAAGUCAGUCACACACGUUGUGACAACAGCAACAUGCACUCCACAGGGUAUCUGUGCGACCCGCACUGGGAAGGAGACUAAUCCCCACACCCUUGAGCAGCAAGCGAAGAUGGCCGCCAUAGUGAAAGAGAAUAAGGAGAGAAAAGAGCGUGAGAAGCAGGCGAAGCUAAAGGCUAUCGCAGACGAGCGGGCGGCGAAGAUGAAGGAAGUGGAGGAGGAGAUGAAGAAGAAGGAGAAGGCUGUCGAAGAAGAAGCGGCAGCAGAAGAGGAAAAGGAAAGGAUGAGGAUUGAAAGCAGAGAAGGGAGCAGUGGCACGAAGAAGGACACAGACGCUGAGAUUGAGAAGAAGAUCAGCAAGUGGGUUGCUAACUUAUCGUUGGGGGAAGAUGAAGAGGUGGAGUCAUAUGUGACUGAGGAUGAGAAGGCCGCCUUGGCCGCUGAGCUAGCAACCAUGACGGAUCCUAUGGAGCGAAGAGAGAGGGAAGACGAGCAAAAAUUGCAGUGGAAGCUGAGAAUGAAGAGGGAGAAGAGGAGGAGGAGAGAAGAAGUGAAUAAGAUGACCGCAGCAGUAGCAAAGGUGCAAGAAUGUAGACCGGAGGUAUUGGCCCAGCCAAACGAUAAGGCCAAGUGGGACAAGGUACUGGGGUACGUGGAAGUGUUGAGCCAGGCCUGGAUGGAGGAGCGCCAGGCUAGUUGGAGUCAGGAUGUAGCGUUGAGUGCCAUGCGGUCAGGAUUUAGGGAGUUUGCGCGCGAGAUCGUCACCCACAUUGGGGGCGAAGUGAAACAGUUGAGGGACAACGUCGGGAAGUAUUGCGAAGGCGCCAUUGAGGGUGCCAAAGCCAUAGCUGCUGCAGAGGGCGAAGGUAGACCCCGCAAAGAGCUUGUAAAGCUCAAGUUUCCAGACGCGUACGGGGGAAAGGAGGAAAACUUUGACAACUGGGAGGCCCUCUGGAGGAGUGCCAAGGCACUCAAGAGUACCAUGGAGGACUUGGUAGCCGUCCCCGACCGUGGGGUCACUGAGCCCCAGUUGGUCCAGUUGUUUUAUCGUGCCAUUCCAGAGGCCCUACGUGGGCAUUUCUUUGACAAGUCUCAGCAGACCGGCAUCACUUACGAUGCAUUGAGUAGAGAAGUCGUCCUGUAUGAGUCGAAGUCUAUGCCUGUCACCACUUUCUGGCAUAAGGACUUGGAGAAGGGGAAGAAGUGGAAGGAUCGUACCAUCUCAGGCCAAGUCAAGGCCAAGGAUCACUUGAUCCUGACAUUAGAGGAGGGUGGUGCAGAAGAGGUCCCAUAUGAUCAGAUUGAGUGGGGCCUAGGGGAGGAGUACAGUAGUGUAGGGCAGGGGAGGUCUUACGCUGCUGUCGCGGCCGGAGGGAGGCCGCAAGUAGUCUAUUUAGAUGAUAUCCUAGUCUUUAGUAAGACCCUCCAAGAGCACCAGGGUCAUCUGAGGCAGGUCUUGGAGAAGCUUAGAGAGGCUAACUUCAAGAUCAACGCGAAGAAGUGCGAGUGGGCCAAGACGCAAGUCUUAUACUUGGGCCACGUGUUGGACGGAGAUGGCAUUAAGCCAGAGGACAGGAAGAUCGCGGUGAUUAGAGACUGGCCGACGCCCCCCACAUUGACAGAGUUGCGAUCGUUCCUAGGCUUAGCUAACUACUAUAGGAAGUUCGUGAGGAACUUCUCCACUGUCGCCGCCCCCUUGCGCAAACUGCUAAAGAAAGAGGCAAUCUGGCAAUGGGACAAAGACUGUACGUCUACGCUCAAGAAGUUAAAGCGCGCGUUAAUAGAAUAUCCUGUCCUCAAAGUAGCAGAUCCGUCCUUGCCAUUUGUCGUUACCACGGACGCAAGUCAGUAUGGGAUAGGCGCCGUGUUGCAGCAAGACGACGACAAUGGCUAUAGACCCGUAGAGUUCAUGUCAGCGAGGAUGCCCUGUGAGAAGCGACGGACUUUCAAGAUCAUGGCUGGAAUGCUGACUGGUUGCUGGAUCCUCUCUUUGGAUUGGAUCCAAAAGAGCCUCCUUGACGAGGCACAUCCCAUGGAGGACUUUGAGGUGGCUAGCCUCAAAAGUCCCGAAGGUCCAUUGACAGCAGGAGGUCCAAGACAUGGGCGCAUCGUCAGAAGUCAAAGUCGAGGCAGGCGCUUGCUUGAGGGUAUUUCCAUUUAUUUCUCUGGCGAGUUCAAUAACCCUACCAGGGAGGACCUUUGUCGACUGGUGCGCCUUGGAGGGGGUCGAAUUCUUCCGUGCCCGCCAUGCAUGCCCACGUCAUCGUCGCCCGCUCAUCUUCCGGGCAAGAUGAAGCACAAUACGGCAGGCUGUCUCCAGGAGAGGCAAAGCAACCUCAGCGAUGUCUUGGUUCCUGUAAACGUUGAAAACAAGUCUGAAAUUGGUGGGGCAGUGGGACUAGCUGGGAAUGCAUUAGAUGCUAGAAGAGGUGGAGGGAGGAGCAUGUCGGAACACGGAGAGAGGCUCAUCAUGCCUCUGUCACCUGAUGUGAUAAAAAGUGCAAUGGGAAUGGACCAGAAAGAAAACUGUGAUGUGAAGCUGCUUGGGGCUGCCGACCAGCUUACUGAAAACACUCUCCCUCUUGCCAGAGCGCGGAAUGUACAGAGAGGAGUUGUUCGAAGAAGACUAUCUGAUGAUCCCCCAGACUCUAACCUGUGGGUUGUCUGUCAGCCUCCAAUUUCAGAGAAGGUGCGCGCUUCCAUUUGAUUUGAUUUGCUAGAGUCAUUUUCUGUUCCCAUUGCUUUGCCUUGCUUUGAUUUGACCUUGCGUCCUUUCACUU